AACUUUAAGCAGGUAAACUAAGCAUAAGCUUAACAUUAAAUAAUGAAGAUGAAUAAAACGUGCGCUACGACUAAAAGUGUGAGGCUUCAGGGCAGUGAAGUCGCUAGUAUAAGCGAGUUUUCCUUUAUUGUCCAACUACGACUUUUUUCAGUAAAUCGUUUCUUUUGUGCCGGUUCCAUAAUCAGCAAUAAACAUAUACUUACGGCGGCUCAUUGUAUCUUUCAAUUAGAUAAUGGUAAAACGGAUAUUUGGAUUAUUGCGGGCAGUCAAAAAUUAUCGGAUAAUGAGGGCACAUCAUAUUACGUACAAGAAAUGUAUCUACAUCCAGAAUUUGAAGGUUUAACUAUUGGAUCGCAACCGGAACAUAACGAUAUUGCUGUUCUUGCUGUUAGAGGAUUUAUUAUUUUUAAUCAACAAAUAAAUAAAAUAGAUCUCCCAACGCAAGAUAUUACAAGAGGAAGUAGUGUUAUAUUAUGUGGAUGGGGUGCGACUUCAUAUCCACCCACACAAUUCUCCAACGUAUUACAAAAAGCUAAGGUUACGGUAGUCAACUGCCAAAUUCUUGCUAGCGAAGACCAAAUUUGCACAUUUGACCACGAAAAAAGAGCGAUACAUGGCGACAGCGGUGGUCCAGUAGUUGGAGAUGGGAAACUAGUUGGUAUUAUUUCCUAUGGUUUUCCAUGGAUUUCAGAUGAACCUGAUAGGCAUAGCAACAUUUUUAAACACCUCGAUUUCAUCAACUCUGUUAUCAAUUUUUGAGUAUCAAUUCAUUAAAAAUUAAUUAUCAAUUCUUGAGUAAU